CCGUAUGGAACACGGCUGUUAUAUUUCAUAGAGCUUACUAACAUAGGGCACGAAGGUUCGAUUGCAUUUCAUAGAACGGGCACGCAUGCUCACAAAAGGCGCGGAGGGGGGGGGACCGAAAGUGAAACCUAUCGAGUAAGCAGCAGCAGCAUCAUCAUCAUCAGCAGCAUCAUCAUCAUCAGCAGCAUCAUCAGCAGAUCCUUCUGAACGGCAAGGAAGAGGAAGUGUGGUGGUGUUGAUGAUGUGAGCGCACGUCCACCGUCUCGCUCCCGUGUUAAGACUUGCGUGUUCUAACGCGGACGCGGUAAAACAAAAAAAAGUUUAUACAAUUGCGACAAUUGUGUUCUCGCGUUCAUGUAAUGGUGCGGUCUUUCGGUCAUUCUUUGCUUCGCCGGUGCCUCCUCUGUCGGGGUUGUUUUUUUGCGAGGGAAAAAGCCGCGCCUCACAAGCCUCUAGGCUCGAGAAUACACUUGGAGCAAGUGCUGCUGUUAGCGAGUGCCUAUUAAAGCCGGAAAAGAAAACCACGGGACGGACAGCAAAUCCAGCACGCCCGGCCACCUUUGUCUCCCUCCCGCUGCUCUCGCCCGCACUCUACUCAAGCCGCUACGCAAAACACCAGACUCGUGACCGACAUGGACGAGCGUCAUCAAGGAAGAGGAAGAAGCGGUGAAGGCAUCGUGAGGAGUUGUUUAUCUCAGGACCUGUCGGACCCAUACCACGCCACCUACCUGUCCUUCUACCUCCUGGGACUGGGCUCCCUGCUACCUUGGUACUUCUUCAGUACCGCCAAGGGCUACUGGGAUUACAAGUUCAGUGGUGGCAACAGCUCCUCGGAACAAUCGUCCAAUUCAGAUCUGCUCGUGUAUUUUGAGAGCUACCUGUCCAUAGCAUCCACAGUUCCAAACGUCUUUGUCUCAGUGCUCAAUGUUCUUCUUAUUCACAAGCUGUCAGCAAAUGUCCGUGUGCUGUCUUCCCUGGCAACCAUGCUGCUCAUAUUUGCCGUAACGGCCGCCUUGGUCAAGGUGGACACUUCAACAUGGCUCUCUGGGUUCUUUGGAGUGACCAUGACGUGUGUGGUGGUGGUGAACUCUGCAACGGCCGUGUUUCUGGGCAGCCUAUAUGGCCUGGCUGCCCUCUUCCCAGCAAAAUACCCGCAGGCGUUCAUCACAGGACAGGCAAUGGGAGGCACACUAAGCGUCCUGGCUUCCAUAGUAGACAUCGCGGCCGCGGGAGACGUGACAGACAGCGCCUUGGCCUACUUUCUCACGGCGGACAUUUACGUGCUGGUGUGCAUCGUCAUCUACCUGCGGCUGUGCAAGUUGCCGUUUGCCAGGUACCACAUCAGUUACGAAGCCCCUCCGUCAAUUAAUUACGACGCGCGGGACGCGGCAAGCGUGCAGUCCGACUCGGACGAGCCCUACCCGGCAGACACGGAUGUCCUGAUGGCACCCGCCUACACACACGCCCCAAGACAGCAAGAGCAGCACCAGCAGCAGCGAUCCUUCCCGCCGGUGCGGGCGAUUCUGCGCGAGACGCGCUGGCUGUGCCUCUGCGUGUUCUUCUGCUUCUACGUCUCCAUGAUCCUUUUCCCGCCCGUGCUGGCCAAUAUCGUGCCGACGUCCGUCUCGCCCGAGAGCGUGUGGGCCAAGAAAUAUUUCGUGCCCGUCGCCAUCUUCCUGGUGUACAACUUGGGGGACCUGGUGGGCAGGGUGACGGCCGGGUGGCUGCGAUGGCCGGCGCCCGAAAGCUGGCUCAUGCCGGCGCUCGUCUUCCUCCGCACGGCGUUUCUGCCGCUCUUUGCCUUCUGCAACUACCAGCCCCGCCGCCACACGUCCACCCUGCUGCUUGCCAACGACGCCGUCCCAGUGGUGCUCACCGCUCUGCUGGGGGUUACCAACGGGCACCUGGGCAGCACGGCGCUCACCUUCGCGCCAAGGGUGGUGCCGGCGGAAAUGGCAGAGGCCACGGGGGCUGUCAUGACGUUCUUCCUGUCCCUGGGCCUCGCCGCCGGGGCUCUGAGCUCCAACAUUUUCAUGAGGUUCAUCUGAAGUGUAAGGCACGGACAGGUUCGGGGAGAGAUGUCAGAGAUGGGAACGGAUGUCAGGGAUGGGAGGGACGGGAGGGAGGGAUGUGAGCUGCUUAUGCGGCAAUGGUGUAGUGUGUUUUUGUGCGUGGGUGGUUUUAUGAUGUUUUUAGAUAUGAACCUGAGUGCACUAGGUACGUUGAUAAAGGCCUUUUCUUGUUUACUUCAUCUAAUAUUUGAACCUGAUUUUCCUUUUUCUUAAAUUACAAAAAUGCCUUAACUGAACGCUAAAAUUCAAUUUUGAAUUCGUAA